AUGUCCCAGGCCGCCGCUAAGUCCUCGAAGAAAAUGGUGACUUGUAACUCACCCAACAUCUCCUCCUCUGGAGUCAGAUGUGGCUCAAGUCGCUGUGCACCAUCCACAUUCCGGGGGAGCUCAACCGUGAAGCCUAUGCGCUCAUGGCAGCUCACUCUCCCUGGAGAAUGGCGACUCCAUCCCCAGGUGGUCCAGCUGAUCUGGAGUCAAUUCAGGGAAGCUCAGAAUCCUCACUGUAAACUGGAGAAUUUGAGGUUGUGGAAGUGUGGUGUCACAGAUGAAGGUUAUGCUGCUCUGGCUUCAGCUCUGAGAUCAAACCCCUCACACCUGAGAAAACUGGAUCUGUCUGAGAAUAAACUAGGAGACUCUGGAGUGAAUCCACUCUCUGAUGUACUGGAGAAUCCUGACUUUAAACUGGAGAAUUUGAGGUUGAGUUAUUGUGGUGUCACAGAUGAAGGUUGUGCUGCUAUGGCUUCAGCUCUGAGAUCAAACCCCUCACACCUGAGAAAACUGGAUCUGUCUGGGAAUAAACUAGGAGACUCUGGAGUGAAGCUGCUCCCUGAUGUACUGGAGAAUCCUCACUGUAAACUGGAGAAUUUGAGGUUGAGUAAGUGUGGCGUCACAGAUGAAGGUUGUGCUGCUCUGGCUUCAGCUCUGAGAUCAAACCCCUCACACCUGAGAAAACUGGAUCUAAAUGGAAAUAAACUAGGAGAUGUAGGAGUGAAGCUGCUAUUUGCUGUACUGGAAAAUCCUCACUGUAAACUGGAGGGACUGUGGUUGUUGGAUUGUGGUGUCACAGAUGAAGGUUGUGCUGCACUGGCUUCAGCUCUGAGAUCAAACCCCUCACACCUGAGAAAACUGGAUCUGUCAUAUAAUAAUCUUGAGGACUCAGGAGUGAAGCUGUUCUCUACUGGACUGGAGAAUCCUCACUGUAAACUGGAGGAAUUGAGGCUGUAUGACUGUGGUGUCACAGAUGAAGGUUGUGCUGCUCUGGCUUCAGCUCUGAGAUCAAACCCUGAACACCUGAGAAAACUGAAUCUGUCUGGGAAUAAACUAGGAGACUCUGGAGUGAAGCUGCUCUCUGAUCUGAAGAAUGAUCCACAUUAUAAACUGGAGACACUAUGGACUUAUAUUAGAUGACAGUCUGAUCUUCUCAUGAUGAUCUGAUGGUGAAUAAGGAUCCUCUACUGAGACUCACAGUCAACAGAAUCAACAGAGACUGAAGAUACAGUGACUUAACUGUUAUAAAUGUAGAAUUCAUUUAGAUUUCAAUGAUCCUCUGACAGACCUGAUGAGGUGGCAGUGAAACACCUUUAAUUUCAGAGCAGCAAAUUACAGUUUUUCAUUCAUAGAUUAACCGUUUUAUUUGUAUAAAUGCACAGUAUAAAUUUAAAACAUUGGUAUGCAUGCUAUAUCGGCUACCAUAUCGGUAUCGGCAAUAAAUGCUCAUUUUUAAUAUUAUCGUUAUCGAUCCAAUAGGAAAAUUAGGCUGAUAUAUUAAAGCCAAUAAAUAAUUAUUUUCUUCAGCUGAGACAGAUGGGCGUUGUUUGCAAUGAUGGAUUUGAAUUGCUUGGAAUAACUUCGAAAAAAGAAAAUACAGCUAAGGGCAGCAUGUGCAGCACAAAUCUGUCAUAUAGGCUCCAUAAAAUUAUAAUG